CCGCCCUAGACUCCUCCUUUAGCCCCUAGUGACUAGCGCUGCUGCGUUCGUCCGGGGGACGAAGCGGUCUCUGACUCAGCUCAUUCAAGUCCCCCCACAGCCACCAUGCCACGUGGGAGCCGAAGCGCGGCCGCCCGGCCAGCCAGUCGCCCAGCGGCACCUUCUGCCCAUCCACCUGCACACCCACCGCCCUCAGCAGCAGCCCCGAAUCCUGCCCCCUCGGGCCAGCCAGGUCUCAUGACACAGAUGGCAUCCAUGGCCGCUGGGGUAGCCGUGGGCUCCGCCGUGGGACAUGUCAUGGGCAGUGCCCUGACUGGAGCUUUCAGUGGAGGAAGCUCAGAGCCUGCCCAGCCUGCUGCCCAGCCUGCUGCCCAGCAGGCCCCUACCCGUGCUGCCCCACUACAGAUGGGACCCUGCUCCUAUGAGAUCAAACAAUUUCUGGACUGCUCAACCACUCAGAGCGACCUGUCCCUGUGUGAGGGCUUCAGUGAGGCCCUGAAGCAGUGCAAAUACAACCAUGGUCUGAGCUCUCUCCCCUGAACAUGUUGGUGCAGACUCAUUGGCCAGCUCUGAGAUGGCUCCUGGGUCCUAACCCUGCAUCCACCCCAUCCCCUUACRGACAGCUGGACCAUGAUGACAGAUUAUAACUGGGAUUGGGAGUAAGAAGGAGGUUUCCUACCCCAUAGAUAACUCAAGACACAAAUGUGCAAUUAAAGAGUUUAUUUUAAAUCACA